CACAAUGCAGUUCAUCCAGGACGCGUCCGCCUCUUCUAAACACAUGACUUGAAGUACUCGGGCUAGAAAGACUGACAGACGAACCGUAGCUCUGAAAUUGCGUUUUAUUUAAGAUUUCUUCCAUCUAAUUUCCGGUACGGUGCAAAAUGAAGUUCGGUUGUUUGUUCGCGGUGUUGUGUCUCGCAGUCGGGGCGAUUGCAGGAAAGUAUUCACGAGAAAUGAACGACCAGAAACCGUCCACGGACGGCAAGAACACGGUGGAAUUUAGGAUAGCUAAACUCAACCAGGUGUGGGAGAAAGCCAUCAGGAUGCAGUUACCCCCAGUGCGUCAGGCAGAGCUCCACAGUGAUCUGAAGAUCCAGGAGAAAGAUGAGCUACAGUGGAAGAAGACUAAGGCAGACGGGAUGGAUGAGAAUGGAGAGAGAGAGGCCAAGCUACGACGUGGCUUCAACGUGAUCCUGGCUAAGUAUGGGAUGGACGGGAAGAAGGACACCAGACCUCUAGAAUCUAACAACCUGAAGGACCAUGACAUCAGAGAAGGAGACAUGUUUGAUGACCCCAGACUGGACAAACUGUGGAAUAAGGCUAAGACUUCUGGUAAGUUUUCAGAGGAGGAAAUGCAGAGUCUGAAGAGGGAGUUUCAACACCACAAGGACAAGAUCAGCGAGUAUAACAUCGUCAUGGAUACCGUCAGCCGCACAGAGGAGAUCCAUAAGAAUGUGAUCUCUCCAUUAGAAGGGGAAGUUAAAGAACAUGUCCUGCAUCAGAAACACACCGACCUGAAGGACAAGAUGAGGGAUCUGAACCAGGGCUUCGAACGCCUGAGGAAACUCAGCCACGAGGGCUUCAGCGAGGACAGUGAGUUUAAGGAGCCCAGGGUGAUAGAGCUGUGGGAGAUGGCACAGAGAGCCAACCUGACUGGAGAUGAACUGGACUCCCUCAAGGAGGAACUGAAGCACUUUGAGACCAAGGUAGAGAAGCACAGCCACUACCAGGAGCAGUUGGAGUUAUCCCACCAGAAGCUGAGACAUGUUGAAGCUCUAGGAGACAACGACCACAUCCUGAGAAACCAGGAGAGAUACAAUAACCUGUCAGAGAAGACCAGAGAGAUGGGGUACAAGAUGAAGAAGCACAUGCAGGAUUUAACCAGUAAGAUCUCUCGUAAAGGACUGAACCGUAACGAACUGUAACAGACUCCUCAGACGUGGCUCUGGGGGUGACAACAGAAGGCUGGGUGUUUUCUACAUUCACACUGGUUUUCCUCAACAACAAAGGAAGUCUGCUUCAUGCUUUCUUGCCACAGUGCUUCAUAGUGUGGCGACGCUGGUGUCAUGACAACCCUACGAUGAACUGCUAAUCUGCCUGUCUACACACACACACACACACUCUCUCUCUUUUAACACACACACACACACAUAUUUUAACACACACACACACACACAACCUCCGUCCACAUUGCUCUUUUGUAGACCACUUUAAAGAAAUCAGUGUUUUUCCAUGUAAAUCUCAUUUGUGAUUAUGUUCCAUUUUAAUAAUGAUGAGCCUGCUUCUAUCUCAAACGGCACCCUAUUCCCUACAUAGUGCACUACUUUUGACCAAGGCCCUAUGGAAAUAGUGUACUGUGUAGGGAAUAGGGUGCCAUUUGGGAAGGAAUGUGUUUUUCAGUGCCCUGGGUGCUGCUACUGGGAAUGUGUAAAUAUGUGUAUAUGCCUAUUGUAGGUACAUCUGAUUAUGUCAGUGUACCAAAUGGUACCCUAUUCCCUACAUAGUGCACUACUUUUGACCAAAGGCCCUAUGAUUAUGUCAGUGUACCAAAUGGUACCCUAUUCCUUUUUGACCAGAACCUCAUAUGUUCUUAUUCAAACACUUAAUAAUGUCAGUUUUAUUAUGAAAGUAAGUGAGACAACCACAUAUUACCACCAUUAAAACCUUCUAGGGAAAAUAGCUGCUAACAGCAAGACUGCAUCACCAUAGUAACACAUGGUAUCAUUGGAUUUGACUACAUCACCAUAGUAACACACAAUAUCAAUGGUAUUUAAACAAUACUGGUAGCUUGAUAUCAGCAAAUCUAAAGAACUCCUCUGUGACCUUUUGGCCUCAUGGUGAAAUCCCUGAGCGGUUUCCAUCCUCCCUGGCAACUCGGUUAGGAAGGACGCCUGAAUCUUUGUAGUGACUGGGUGUAUUGAUAUUCAAUGUCUGCUUUUAGUUUUUAUUCAUCAACCAAUAGGUGCCCUUCUUGGCGAGGUUAUUGUUAAACCUCCCUGGUCUUUGUGGUUGAAAUUCACUGCUCGAUUUGAAGGACCUUACAAUUAUCUGUAUGUGUGGGGUUACAGUGAUGAGGCAGUCAUUCAACAAUCCUGUUGAACACUAUUCUUGCAGACAAAGUGAGUCCAUGUAACUGAUGUGAUUUAAGUACAUAUUUACUACUGCACUUAAUUAGGCUUGCCAUAACAAUGGGGUUGAAUUCUUGACUCAAGACAUUUCAGCUUUUCAUUUUUUUAAUUUAUUUGUAAAAAAUGUUUUUAUCUAAAAACAACUUUGACAUGAUGGUGUGUAGGCCAGUGGAACAAAUCUCAUUUAAAUUCAAGCUGUAACACAAGCCACUGUAUAAACCCAAUCAGAAUGUAAUUGAUUGGAGAGUUACUGAGAGAACGAGUCAUGAUUGUAAUCGAUGUUAACAGUCUUUCAACCAUGAAUACACAGUGUGUUAUUGGCCCAUGUGGGCGGGGCAUCCUGAAGAUGCAAAACACUGUAAUAACAAAAAUGAAUCAAAUGUAGAUUGAACAAAUUUCAAAAAGUAAUAAAACAUUUUCUCCCA